GCGUCUCCAUGGUGACGAGAGCACGGCGCGCCGUGUUUGCGUAUUGGCGGCGUGCGGGUCGUGACGUCAUCGCCGCGCCCCGCCGAGAGCGCAGACCGGCUCCUUUCGGGCCGCCGACCAAUCAGCGCCGCCGGACCGCGCCGCCCGGCCAAUCAGUAGUUAGGAGGCGGGAGGGGGGCGCCCCGCUCGGCCGCUCGCUUCCGUCUUCCCCACACGGCGGCCGACGCUCGGGACGGAUUGCCGCUCGGAGCGGUGCGGGGAUGUCCUACAAACCCAUCGCGCCCGCCCCCAGCGCCAGCCCCGCCCCGGGGCCCGCCGCCACGGCCGCCGCUCCCAGCGUCCCCUCGCCGUCCGCCUUCCGCCCACUCUUCAACGACUUCGGGCCGCCCUCUAUGGGUUAUGUGCAGGCAAUGAAGCCGCCCGGCGCGCCGGGCUCGCAGAGCACCUACAGCGACCUUCUGUCUGUCAUCGAGGAGAUGGGCAGGGAGAUCCGGCCCACCUACGCCGGUAGCAAGAGCGCCAUGGAGCGACUCAAGCGGGGGAUCAUCCACGCGCGGGCGCUGGUGCGGGAGUGCUUGGCCGAGACAGAGCGCAAUGCCCGCACGUGACAGCCGCCCCCCGCCCCCCCGAGCCCCGCCGGUGGCUCCCCCCGAGCGGGGCCACCCCCGGGGCUCCCCUCCCUCUCCUAGCCUUCCAGCUUUUAUAAAUAAAAGACGUGUUG